AUGACCUAUAAUGCUGCUCUGGAGACGCUAGGGAAGGCCGGUAUGGAGGACGAGGCAUGGGCGCUGCUCGAUGACAUGUUGGGUAUGUCAAUAUCUCCCGAUGUACAGACAUUCAAUCUGUUGCUGCUUGCCACACGGAACGCAGGGCUCGGACCAAUGCACACAGUACUCGACCGCAUGGCAGAGCUAGGAGUCUCUCCUGACGUUACCACCUACUUCCACGUCAUCAAGAAGUUCGUUCAUGCUGGGAACCUCGAGGCAGCCAUACGCGAACUUGUUGAGAUGGAGGAGAGGGGUCUGUCUGCGAAAGUGGAGACCGCGGAGGACAUCAUCUCUCUUGCUGCCUCUCAGGGCCACCCUCGUCUCGCAAUCGACCUAGCUGUUAACUUCGAGGCUAGUUCAAUCCGAAGAUUAAACUCAGCCGUUUGGGUCAAGUGCCUAAUUGCCGCCACAGAGGACCUCUACGUCAACGGAGUGGAGCUUCUCUGGAAUAAAAUUGUCAACGAGCUGAAACUUACCCCGGACGAAGGCACCUGCAUCGAAGUCUUGCAUACGGCCGGCCGCCACGGUCUCCCCGAACUCUGCCUAGACUCCCUCCGCAUCCUGCAAUCCAUCGGAGUCACCCUCCGCGAAUACCAUUUCGCCCCCGUUGUGGAAGCCUUCUGCCGACUCGAUCGCCUCAAGGAAGCCUUUGCCAUCCUCUCCCUCAUGCGCUCACAAAGUCUUAUACCUACGAACGAAACCAUCCAACCCAUCCUCGACACCAUCCGCGCUUCUCCUGAUUCUGUUGAUACCGCUUGGACCGCUCUCGAAGAACUGGAGAAGGAAGGCAAGCCUAUUGACAUCACUGCCGUUAAUGCGAUCAUUCAGGCUGCUGUGGCCCACGGAGAUCUACAGCGCGCUGUCGGCAUCUAUCAGAUCAUCCCCGAGUUCAAGAUCAAGCCCAACGUCGACACGUUCAAUGCGCUCUUCUCUGGAUGUAUCGCCACUGCCCACAAGGACUUGGGCGAGAAGAUCCUCGGGGACAUGAAGGAGGCCAAGGUCAAGCCGGACGCUCAGACCUAUGAGCGUCUCGUCGUCCUUUCGCUCUCGGGAGAGACGUACGAGGAGGCAUUCUUCUACCUUGAAGAAAUGAAGGCUGCGAACUUCUACCCUCCCCUUUCCGUUUAUGAGUCCAUCGUUGUUAGAUGUGUGGAUGCUGGCGAUACGAGGUACAAGAUCGCGUUGGAGGAGUUGAAGGAGUUCGGGUAUGAAGUCUCUUCGAAGUUAGAGGCUUUCAUUGGCAACAAGAUGGGUGGGCAGAAUAAACCGAAGGAUGUCCCAGUGAGGAACACUAGGGGAUCGGGCAAUGAUGAAAGGAGGGGUGCUCCAGGAGAGGGACGUCGAGAGGGCAGUGAAAGUGGAGGGUUUAUGACGCGCCCUAACAGCAGGUCAUAG